GCCCUGCGAGCCCCGUGGGAAAUGGCUCUGAAAACCAUCUUUGUUCUCCAGGUGGGGGUUGCAGCUCUGGCCAAUGUCAUUCUCCUUUUCCAUUACGUCUCUCCAAUCUUGCUUGGACAGAACCAGAAACCCACACAUAUGAUUCUCAGCCACUUGGCCCUGGCCAAUCUCCUGGUACUUUUUUCUGCUGGGAUUCCCCACAUGGUGGCGGCUUUUGUUCUGAGGAAGCCCCUGUCCAGUCUUGGGUGUAAGCUUGUCUAUUUCAUCCGCCUCUUGGCUCACAGCACCAGCCUGUGCUCCACCUGUGUCCUGAGCACCUAUCAACUUGUCACUCUCAUCCCCAGGACAGUGGAGUGGAUGGUGCUCAGAGGAAGAGCCCCUAAAUUCGUUGGUCCUUCCUGUUGCACCUGCUGGAUGAUCAGUGUCUUAAUGAAUGUCUAUAUUCCUGUGACAGUCACGGGUCCACAGAAGACAGGAAAUGACACUGACACCCAUUGGUUCUGUUCAGUCUCAAGUCCCAGUGCAGGCGCUGUCAUCCUGUGGUCAUUUCCUGAUGCCAUGUUUAUUGGCCUCACGGUCUGGUCCAGUGGCUCCAUGGUGCUUCUCCUGCACAGACACCACCAGAGAGUGCAGUACAUUCACACCCCCACUGGCCACCACAGAUGUCCCCCUGAGACCAGAGCUGCCCACACCAUCCUGCUGCUGGUGGUCAUUUUUGUCAUCUUCUAUGUGCCAAGUUCUGUUUUUACUUUUUAUAUGGCUGCAUUUUUAGAUUCUCGUCUCUGGUUAAUGCAGACCUCUGAUGUGUUGGUUUCUUGUUUUCCCACUGUUUCCCCCUUUCUGCUGCUCCUUAGGGAUCCUAGACCCCCUAGGUUCUGGUCUUUUGUUGUCAGAGAUCAUGGUUGA